AUGAAUUUAACUUUAGUACUUUUUUUAAUAGGAAUCUUAGGGUUUGUAUUUAAUAGAAAAAAUAUAAUAUUAAUGCUUAUUUCUAUAGAAAUAAUGCUAUUAUCUAUAACAUUCUUAAUAUUGGUAAGUUCUGUUAAUAUUGACGAUAUAAUAGGACAAACAUAUGCUAUAUACAUUAUAGUAGUUGCUGGUGCAGAAUCUGCUAUCGGUUUAGCUAUUUUAGUAGCUUUUUAUAGACUAAGAGGAAGUAUUGCAAUAGAAUAUAAAUAA